UCAUAUAUACAACAACUCGAGAAGACAAUAAAACUCACAACACAAUUGUUUAAACCAUGAAAUCAUCACAUACAACUUUAAUCUGCAUAAUCAUGCUCUCCCUCUUUGCUCUGCAUGAAUGUGGCAAGAUGGAGAUGAAAGAGAUAGAGAGAUCGAGCAAAAUCUAUAUACCACCGUGUAUCCAUGAGACUUGCAGUGGUUUCUCACUGAAAAGUGAUUGUUGCUUAUACGAUGGAAUCGGAGACGAUGACGACGCCGCCGACGACGACGAAGACAACAACAACGAGAACACCCCGAAAUCCUCAACGGAAAGACACGAUUUCGAGAGAAACGCCGUUCGUUUGUCACCGGAAGAGGAGGCUCAAGCGCGUGGUGUUAAAGAUGAUUUGACGGAACUUGGUCAUAUCCUCUCGCGUCAAUUUCGUGGUGUGGCUAACUUUCUCGCUCCGUUACCAGAUGGAUCUUCUUCCUCCGAUCUAUCAAACCAUCCUAGAUUUAACCAAUCUCGGUCUUCAGAUUUUGAAUCGAAUCAAUCGCGGUCUUCGGAUCUUAAACUGUAUCAAUCUCGGUCUUCAGAUCGGGACGAUUCGUGUAUUGGAAGUGAUACGCCGGAGACUGGAAUUAGGUUUAGGAGCUGGGAUUUGGAAGAAAAAGUGGUAGAAGGCAAUGAUCCGGAGGAGGAAGAAGAAGAAGAAACAGAAGACGAAGAAGAAGAGGAAGAGAUCGCUGCGGUUGCUCUUACCGACGAAGUGCUAGCAUUUGCGAGGAACAUAGCAAUGCAUCCAGAAACUUGGUUGGAUUUUCCUCUUGAUCCUGACGAAGAUCUUGAUGAUUUGGAAAUGACUGAUGCUCAAAGAGGUCAUGCUUUAGCUAUUGAGCGUCUUGCUCCAAGGCUCAAUAAACACGAUGCUCAUCUUUUGUCUUCUCCACAGGUGAUGGAAGCAAGAGCAUUGUGGAUGAAAGAGCUUCAGAAUCAGACUCAUUCUUCAAAAGAAAGUAGAGAUAAGAUUCUUGAGGAAGAUAUUACACCAUCAACUUCAAAUUAUUACAACCAUGCUCCUCCUGAGUUUCUUUCUCCAAGAAUAUAUGCUUUUGAACCUCCUUCGAUUAUGUAUCGCGAUUAUGAGCAUGGGUCUGAAAACGCUCAGUUUAUCGAUAAAGCUGUUAUCGAGGAAAAACCAAUCCAGAAGAACGACAAAAAUAGUGCAAGCCUUAGCCAAACAUCUAAAGAUGUUGAUGAUGAUGAUGAUGAUUGGCCAGACGAAGAAGAUUCUGCUAAUUCUUGGGCUCCAAUGUUCACAGUGAAUGAGGAUGAUGUUUCUUUCAGUGAUUUAGAAGGAGACGACGAUAUAAGUAGCUUAGCACUCAAGUCUAAGAUUACAUCAAAGGGCACAGACCAAAAAGGAACAUGAACCAUCAUCUGGCUUGUUGCAUUGCCCUGCCUCACGAGAUCGAAUCAAUAGAACUGAACAUAAGGAAUGUGUGCUGAGUCAAAUCGUGGAAGUUAUUUGGGUGAGUUUGAUUGUUUGUGGAUUUAUGAUGUUUGCUCUCAAAGAGAAGGAAGAAAGAAAGAAAAAGGUUUUGAUUGAAACAUGUACAGAAGAUUUACUUUGAUCACUGCAAUUUCAUUGUAUUGUUCUCUCUCGCCAAAUGUAAUGAAAUAUUGAAAAGCAC